GUGACCCGCCCGCGCUCUCCCUGCCGAGUUUGACAGGAGGUCCGACGGGGCUUUUUUCCGCGCCGCCCCGCCGAGCAAGGAGCCUUCUCUCCCUCUUCCUCCUCCGCUGCUCUCGAAGCCCAGAAGCCCCCCUGCGGACAUGUCGGAGCCCAGCUCCCGAGGAGGCGGAGGAGGAGGGGACAAGGACCCCCGGGCCGCCGUGGCUGAGCUGCUUUCGGGGCUGCGCUGGGGCCGCCUGGAGGAGCCCCUGGGGUUCAUUAAGGUGCUGGAGUGGCUCUUUGCCAUUUUUGCCUUUGGAGCCUGUGGUUCCUUCAGUGCAGAAACAGGGGCUACUGUGAAAUGCACUGAGGAUCCUAAAGAGACGACCGCUAUUACUGUGCAGUUUGGAUAUCCCUUCAGGUUGUACAAAGUUCCAUUUGAGAUGCCGGACUGUCUUCAUGGAUCUACUGCUAAACGGACACUGCAUCUCAUGGGAGACUUUUCAGCCCCUGCAGAGUUCUUUGUGACCUUAGGUGUUUUUGCUUUCCUGUACACCAUGGCAGCUCUUGCAGUCUAUCUACGGUUCCACUCCCUCUACAAAGAGAAUAAAAAACUACCUUUUGCGGAUUUCUGUGUCACUGUCUCAUUUACAUUUUUCUGGCUAGUAGCAUUUUCAGCUUGGGGCAAGGGCCUGUCAGAUGUGAAAGGAGCUACGCGACCUUCUAGUCUCAUUGCUGCCAUGUCAGUGUGUCAACUCAAAAGUGCUGUUUGUAAUGCUGGGGCUACUCCUUCUAUGGGCCUGGCCAACAUCUCUGUGCUGUUUGGUUUUGUCAACUUUAUACUGUGGGCUGGAAACUGCUGGUUUGUUUUUAAAGAAACCCCUUGGCACGCACAGACCACCAACAAGGAAAGUUCUGCUGAACAAGGUGCUGUUGAUAAGCAAUAAGGAACCUUCCCCCUCAAUCCUGAAGCCUCCUGUUUCCCUACCAAGAACAAACCAACAGUGCCUUGUGUCUCCUACACGCUCAUCUCAUUUCACAGCAGGGCAGGAAAUAAUUCCUCUUCUGCCAACUUCACUGCUCUCCAAUAGUCAUAUUGGCUCCCCACUGUGACUAUUACAGGAGGCCUCCCUCCAUCUGAAAUCAAAGGUCCUGGUGUGGUCCUAGACUGUUCACUGUUUCAACAACACUUUUCUUCAUUUUGAUUAUAUAAUUAUAAAUGUAUGGGACUGUACAUAGAGAUUUUGGCCACCAGUCCAAGGGUAUGUGAUGUUGUUUCCUUCAUAGCUGCUUUUUAACCAAUUUAUGAAGGGUUGGGGGGGGGGGGGGGGAGAAAUCAGGUAGCCAGAUAAGAACACUAGGAAGAACUAUGAUAUUUGUGCCAUAGAAAAUGACAUUCUGGGUAUCUUUGAGAUGAAGUACAUGUUGUACAUUGCCACCCUAAUAAAAGCAGAAACACAAACAUGCCAGCUGGUUUUAGCAGCAAAAGGGGAAAAACAGGAUUUGUACUUUUGUUACAAAGAAGGAAAGUAUGUUGCCUUUUUUCAUGUUUCAUUAUAUUCAGAAUGGGCUAAACAUUUCAACUUCACUUCCAUUCAAUUGGACUAAAAUCUUAAGACACUGUUUACCUGCAGGUGGCUAGCUCACUGUUUCACAGCAAAUAUCUGGUGUUUCUUUUCUUUUGUAUUUGGUUAUACAUGGAUGUAUAUUGUGUCCACAUUGAACCAGAAGUGCUCCCACCAGUGUGCAAUGCCUAUCAGCUGCUGGUCUCUGUGUUUGAUGCAAAUAGCAAAAAAGUAAUGUCAGGCGAAUAUUUUUAUCACUCUCUAGGCGAAAACCUUGUUUUCCUGAGUUUGUGUUUUCUUUUAAAUACAGCUAUUCAACUUCCUUGUGUACAAAAAAAUCAAAGAAAUUUUGUUUAGCUUCUAAAAUGACUGAUUAUAAAACUUGGGCCCAAGAAGCUUAGGGCAUUCAUUUCAUGACUGAAAAGUAUGCAGAGAUAAUGUGUAAUUCUACACAUAUAACACUACAGAGAAUCUCAGUGGUUUGUGAUUUUAAUACUGGCUAUUAGUAUUAGAAUUAAUAACACCUGUGGAUCUCUAAAUGUUGUGGUUUGGACAGUUUGUCCUGGACUCACAUGUGCUUCUCCACAUACCCUUUAACUCCAUUGUGGAAAGAGAUAGCUGGCAGUAGAUUUUUUUAAAAAAUCAUUUGAUGGAGAUCUGAGGCAUCUCAAGACUCACAAAUGAACACAGGAGUUUUAAAGGAAGUUGCCAGGCUACUUGGAUAUCCCUCAGUCAGAAGACAUGGUCACCAGAACAGAAAUUUAGGACAGUAUCUAUCUUAUCUCCCUGCAUCUUUUAAAUUGUAGUUAACUUACUGUCUUACUGUGACAGUCUUCCUUUUCGUGAUCCUGCCAUUGUUGCAUGCAGGAGACUAGAACCUGACACUCAGUUUGCUUUGAACAAUGAUUUGUGCCCAUUUUCACAAAUGUGUGUGAAUAAAUAGAGAAGAAGGUCCCAAAGUCCUUACACUCCAGUGCCUCCUAUGUGUUUAAUCUCCGAUGGGGAAAAUAAUUUUUGAGUGGAGGAAUACAUCAAGAAGGUGAGUCUGAGGUCUUUCUCUACUGAAUUAAACCUUUCACCCGAGACCUUGUUUGGACAUGCUCUCUCUCUCUCAUAUUUCCUUUUCUCUUUUUCUCCUUUCCAUGCUGGGAGAGAGGAAUUCUCUCUUGUAAUAGGAGAAGUAUUCUUGGUGCUUUAUUAGAUGUGGGACCUCAAUGGUGAGCAAGGCUACCUUUGUACAUUUUGUAAACUUCCUUCUUCUUUUGAUUAUUGAUUCUACAUCAUAAAAUGUACCCUUUAGGGAAUGCUGUCUGCCUCUAUUUGCUGUGGAACUACAAAGGCUCUCUACUCGGUAUUAUUAGAAUGAAGUUUCAUAGUAUUGUUUUAAAAAGAAAGAAAACCCUUUCUGGUCAAAAACAAUACCACAAUAUAUGGUGGAGGCCUAGUGAUGUAUCUUUGUCCAGAGUACUGUUUCCUUGUUUGCCCAUUAUAGGACAUCACCCCAACAAUCUUUCUCUGAAACAGUCGGUAGUACAUUAGGGAAAUUAGAGGAAGGGGGUCAGUCUUCCAUGUCUUCCCUAGUUGGAUACAUUAACCUUUUAUCUCACAUACACAUCUGAGUCCUUCUUCUGUAUAUAUAUAUUAAUUCUUAAAAGAUUUGUGCAAGAUCUCCAGCAAGGAUAAGUUAAUGUCACAAUAAUGAGUGCUGCUAUUUCACAUGAGCUGAGUAUUUGACCUUUACACAUAAGCCAUAGAGAAAGACUGAAUACUACUUCAAACAUUGGAAAUGCACUGUGCAAAUGGCUGCUAGAAGUAGGAAUAAAUGAUAAGGAAGGGAAGCAUCCAAAUUGGUAGUGAUGGUUACCAAAACAGGAAAUUCUAAUUAUGUAUAAUUAUCAUGCUACAGGUUCUACAAAUAAUUUCCCACAAGUUCCUGUGAGUUACUUCGUGCCUUUAUAUUUAUUUGAAAUAAGGGUAAUACAUAGUAUGGAAUAGCAGCAUUAAAUUUGUUAUAUUCUUUGUGCCCAACAUAAGAGAAAGAGCAGCUGAACAGGCAGCAGCUGCAGGAUGUUUCACAUCCUUGUGGGUUUUCUACAUUUUGGGAUAUACCCAUUGCACCAAAACCACAGUUGUACUGAAUCACUACCUUCUUAGUGUCAAGCUGCAUAUUGAGGCAUGACACAAACCUCCUCUUUGGUGGAGACCAGAAGACAAACAUCUAACGGAUGUUUUCCAACAAACCAGCAAAAUUUAUCAUAGAGAGGCAAAGGGUCAACCUUGAUUUGUACUAGCAUUACAGUUUGUGGCCUAAAAUGUUUUUUUCUUCUAAAUGGAAAAAGAUAGGGUCCAGGUCUGGCAUUUAUACAAAUGCUCAAGGUGGGAAAUAUUAUGAUUAAGGAUGCAUAAAGAGGCUAAAUUAUCAGAAAGUCCACUUGCUCUGUAAUGUCCUUAAAAGAUCACAAUUUCUACAGAAUUUGGCAGUGAAACUAGAACUUAUACUGAAUGCUCCUCAGCCUGGUCCCCUCAUGAAGAAGAAGGCAGUAUAAUGUAUGUCUUCCUCACUCCUGCUGAUCGUCAGUGUGACUUUAACAAAAUAUCUUGAGACUGCACUCUAAGGGAUUGCUGGCUUUGGGCAGGUUUUCUUUAUGUUUGCACACAGUUUCCAUCUUGACCUCAUGUUCACCAAAUACAGCUAUUGUUUCAAGGAUUACACUGUCAAGGGGGUCUAUCCUUAACAUAGCACCAGGGGACAAGAUAUACAUUUGAAUCUUGUACUGACACGUGUUUACCUUUGAUAUUUUGAUUAGAAUAAUUUCUGCCUUCAGGCUGCGUAAAAACAGCUAAUUUUUCCAAAAACCUGAAAGUGAUACUAUAAAUCUUCCAUUUCUGAGAUAAAAACAUUCACAUUUUUGUCUUUUCAUGAUUUCUGGACAAACUAGUAGGUUUUUUUUUAUUUAAAAUGUUCUUAGAAACAGAAAGGAUGACUGCUUUGUCUAUAAUGGGCAGACAUUUGAGGUCUUCUAGAUUUCUGAGCCCUGAACAUUAGCCCCACCUGCUGCAAUUACUGAAGAGAUACAGUUAGGCUUCUGUGUCCACACCUUGAAAAUGUUAAAGAAAUUAAAAAAAUUCCAAAAGGCAAACCACUUUACCACACAAUUGUGUAUAUUGUGAUUUGAGCAUCCACAGAUUUUUUUUUUUACCCACUGUAAUUCCUGGAACAAAGCUCCAGCAUAUUCCAUAGAACCACUGUUCAUGUAUUUUGAUUUUGAUGGGCAGGGGUUCUUCUUGAGUAAUGCCAGUCAUAAUGAGCAUAGAGUUGGGUCAUGUAGGCCACCUAGCCUAUCUUCAUUCUGCAUGAAAUCUAGACAGUGUCAGCAAUAUAAUGCUGUCCAGCCUCUUUGACCUCCCUGGUCUUUGAGAAGGAGAGGUUUCCAUGCCAGUUAGUUGUUUCCAUUGGUGAGUGCUCUUAGUGUUGAGAGGUUUUCCAGGUAUUCAAGAUUGAAAAAGUGUACCUUAGCCGGUUAGGUAUACCUGCCCUCCGGGACAGUAGAGAGCAAUCUUCUGUCUUGUAGGCACUAGAUCUUAAGUAUUUUAAGAUAUACGUCUUCUUCUGCACAUCCUCUUCUAAAGGCUAAAAAUACCCCCACCCAUCUUUGGAGUACUUAUGGAACUUCAAGAAAAGGUUUGUAGACUUCUUAUUGUGUGAGACAAACACUGUAUCAACUUCAGGAAGGAUAAAAGUGUGGAUAAUGUCAUUAUAUAGUUUAGUCAUUUGAUGGCAUUGGCCUUAAUUGUAUUUGUGUAGAGUCAAUAGUUGUGAUAUGCCCUGUUUUUGUUUUUAAAAGGAUAUACAGUAACUUUUGUUUGGUGUGCUCUCUCAGCCUUCCAUAAAAGAUAGUAAUGCUGGACUAGUACAAGUACUGUAGUAAUGGUGAACAGGAAUGUCUCUUAUUGCUACUGAUAAAUAAUUGUACAUGGCCUCUAGCUUACUGUUUCCUUUCUCUUUUUGAUACUGGUAAUUUUAUUAGAGUGAUCGCAGCAUGACCAUGAAUUCUGUACAGAAAUCACUUACACUUCAAACAAUGAUUGUGUGGCUAAAGGAUCCAUUGCAUUUAGCUUCAUGAUACAAAAAGAUCAUUUUUCACCUGCAAAAAGAUUUUCCCCUGAUUUCUAUUAUGUUUCAACCAUUUGUCAUUACUGAAUACUGGAAUCUUCAGGGUAUAUUGUAAGAGAUAUUAUAAACAAAUCAAGAGAA